CUAUCUCUAUCGACGGUAUUUUUAGUUCCACUUCAGAGCCGCCACCGGUAGAUCGGUUUACUACCGAAACUGUUUUUUUCCCACCUUGUUGAAGUUGGAAUUAACAGACAACCGCCAUUUAGCCAAACGUUUCUGAGGAGAACCAGCCGUACACUUUGUCAACAGCAGCCUGUUAAGCUCAGCUAAUUAGCUAGCAUUAGUUGGCUGGUUGGGCGGCUCGCAGCAUGUCGUACAGGAAAACUUUGAAACUUAUUUGCGGCUUCGCUGGAGGCUCUGCCGUCCUGUUUGCUGCUGUCACCGCCGCCGACUCCCGCGGUUACUUCGGCGAGCAGCGCGGAGAAGCGGCCGGUCGGUGGUCGAGAUUCACCGUCCUUCAAGCUGCGCAGCCGGCGUGGACACCUGCCAGCCACACUCCAACCCCAACUGGACACGCCUGGGACUUCAACUGGGACAAGAGGGACCCAUCUGCUCUGACCAAUGGGAAGAAGAAGAAGGAGAGUGCAACUGAAGACCCCAGCUCAGAGCAGGACAACGGCAAGCCAAAAGCCACACGCAACAUCCUCCUCAUCAGACACUCUCAGUACAACCUGAGUGGGAACAAUGACAAGGAGAGGAUCCUCACUCCACUAGGCCGCGAACAGGCGGAGUUGACGGGCCAGAGGUUGGCGGCGCUGGGACUGAAGUAUGAUGUUCUGAUUCACUCCAGCAUGACCAGGGCAACCGAGACUGCAAAUAUCAUCAGCAAACAUCUCCCAGGUAGUCCAGGAGUGGACCUGGUGAGCUGUGACUUGCUGAGAGAGGGGGCACCCAUCGAACCAGUCCCACCCGUCACUCACUGGAAGCCUGAUGCUGUGCAGUACCACGAAGAUGGAGCUCGCAUUGAGGCAGCCUUCCGCCGCUACAUCCACCGGGCUGACCCCACGCAGAAGGAGGACAGCUAUGAGAUCAUCGUGUGUCAUGCCAAUGUCAUCCGUUAUUUUGUCUGCAGGGCGCUGCAGUUCCCUCCAGAGGGCUGGUUACGCAUGGGCUUGAAUAACGGCAGCAUCACGUGGCUCACCAUCCGGCCCAGUGGCAGGGUGGCCCUUAGAACUAUGGGAGAUUCAGGAUUUAUGCCCCCGGACAAGUUAACGCGGACCUGAUGGCCCGACACGCGGCACGUUUCUGGGUUGCAGGGUCAAAGCUCAGUUUUCUCCUUAAGUGUCUUGAAAAUGACUUUUGAUGUUAUUAUUUUGUAACUGAAUCAUCUUCAUGUGAACAGAGACUGUGGUGGUGUUGUGAUUACUUCCCGUGCCAUAGAAGGCCAGCCGAAGGGAUUAACAGCUGCAUAGCAACUCCUCCUGAAUGUAAACUGAGGGUUUUUACACAAGUGACAGAUUUUUAAACCAAAAAAAAAAACUUGUAUUUGUAUAGCUGUUGUCCAUGCAGUUCAUUCUGUUAGCUUUAUGUGGCAUUACAUCGUGCUGAAGUGAGGAAUACAUGUUGUAUGGUACAGUUGUAGUAAAUAAAAGAAAAAUGACAAAAGCCUCA